AUGUGCGGAAUCUUAGCGGUUCUCGGCUGCGCCGAUGCCUCGCUUGCGAGGAGAUCCCGCGUCAUUGAGCUCUCUCGCAGGUAGGGUCUCUCCUCCUGCUCCUCGUCAACCAAGCUGCUGCUAGUGUCUCUGCUUUUCAAUUCUCGCCACUUCGGACGAGCAAUGUGAGGUGGAGGAGGCCACUUGGCUGCUCGGGCCCUGGGGCUGAAGUUCCUCUCUCGAAGAAACUUGCUGUGGUUCUGCCGAUAUAAGACGUAGUUGCGGAAAUUUUGGUGGACAACACUGUGACGGUUGCAUGCUGAUGUAACGACGUGUUGCUAAGAGUAUUAUAUGGGUUCGAGUUUCCUGUGGAAAGGGCUCGUCUCAUGAAACCUCUUUGGAGGCUUUUUCUAUACGCACUUCUAUCAUUUUCGAGCGAGGAUGCACUCUAACAUUGGCGGGUCAUCUAUCUUUGCCCCAGCUACUGCACUCCGUAUGCGUCAGACAUUGGGCGGAUUAAUUUGUUUUUUCGAUGUAGUUGAUGGUCCAUCCGAUGCUCAUUGACUCCAGAUUAGUCUAAAAAAUUAAAAUCAAACUAUUAUUUUAAAAAUAUUUCGGUCGGGAUGCCUUUUGCAGAUGUUUUCCGUCAUAUUUUGAGAAACGUUUCCGGUCUUUUUAAGAGAGCGUUUUUUCACCUAUGAGAACAUGUCAUAGUUUGUUGGACGACUGGCUUCUACUGAAUGAAAAUCGUGACAAAUAUAUGGAAAUGACUUUCUUUACUUCUUUCUCUGAAAUGAGUUUCCUUCGUUUCGUAUUGGAACACAGUACGAAACAUAUAGUUGCUUAGCGUCCUUUCAGUGCGAUAUAAGACGUAGUCGCGGAAACUUUUACACAGAAAAGAGAAUAAUUUUUUUCCCAAUGGUCAUUUCAGUGCUCUAGUGUCCUUUACUUUCCCUUCUGGGUGUAAAAGUUACUCAUUUGCUUAAUGUAAACAUAGGUUCUGCUCGUUGCUAAGAUAUAGUUGUUUUCUUUGCCCAAGUAGCCAAUUUAAUCUUCAAAUGAUUGUACAUUUAUCAGAAAAGCCUCAGCAUAUGUUAAUUAAUCUGCGAAAAAUAUUUUUAUUUCGAUUAUUUUUUAAUUUUUCCCUGUAAAACGAAGGAUUACUUCAUUAUUUUGAAUACUAUAGACAAUUUCUUGUAUGAAUUCUACCAAUUGUAAUACGUCCUUAUUUUCUUUGUUGCUUAUGUUUACCAGGUUACGCCAUAGGGGUCCUGACUGGAGUGGGAUACAUUGUUUUGAGGAUUGUUAUCUUGCUCACCAACGAUUGGCUAUUAUGGACCCAACUUCGGGAGAUCAACCCCUAUACAAUGAGGAUAAAACUAUUGUUGUCACGGUGUGCACUCAUCCUAUGGGUCACAGUUUUUUUCAUAGACUGUAGUUUGUAAUUCUCAUAUUCAGACACUGUGCCUUUCAUAAAAAACUAACGCAUAGUUCAGAUAGUCAAAAAGAAAGCUGAAAGUCAAGCAAGAAGCAUGAGUGUGAAUCGAUGCUUCCGAAAAUCCUAGAAGUGGAAAAUAUUUAUUUUAUAAUAAUAUUCAGAUUUUAAACAUAAUGGAAAAUGAGUUACAGCUUGGCUUUGUGUUUGGAAAUAUAUACCAUGUAUUGUGCUCUUGACCAUUCUUUAUAAAUAUAUUGGUGAAAAGCAGAAUUGAAAGUGGGAAGGGAAGCAAGGAGUUAUUGGAGUUAAUGAUGCAUGAAGGGCGAGAAUGUAAUUUCAUUGUUUAGUAAAUUAUUUUUUUUGGCCUAUUUAAUUUUUACGUGGUUAUCAAAUUUCAAAUAGUUGUUACCAGCUUAUUGUUUUAAAUAUAAUUUACUGACGUAUAUAAAUAUAAGCCCAGCUGUAACUCACUUUGCUUUGUACCAGCAUAUAUAUAUAUAUAAAUUAAUAUGUCCAAUUUAAGUGUAUUUUUAACAAAUUAUGGACGUUUAUGAAAUUCCAUUGAUUGUUUGAAACUAAGACUUUACUGAAACAUUUCUUAUCUAAUUUUUACCAAAAAAAUACUUUAUUGAAAGUAUAAUUUUUUUUUAUCAUGUUUCUCUGGUGUUUUCACAUUUCUCAUCCCUCCCCCUGGUGGUAGUCUUCUCAAUCCCUUUUGCUUUCUUAAAAUAUUUAUUUUUAAUAAUAUAUGCCAAUUCUUAUACUCUUGGUUUUUUAUAAAGGAACUCGAGUUCAGUAUGAAAGCCAUUUUUCGCAUUACAUCAGCAUUCUCUGUCCGAAGUAUUUUGUAAUUAUUGUAAUUCUUUUGCAUAUGGCUGUCAUCCCUUCUAGAUUUGAACCCACUCCACAAUGGAGGAAUAAAAGAUUUUUAGUGAUAUUUAAAGACCAAAUGGAUCUUGCCCUCUAUCUGUUGAUGUAUCAAACACUCAUUCCUGUCUAUUGAUGGAAAGAUCUUUUUCAAAUACCGGACUGUCUUUUUUUAGGUUCAUAUUUAUUGCAUCUUCCCACAGACAACACCCAGUAGAGGGGGACUGUUCACCUUCAAGACAAGGUGCUUCCGUCAUAUUUAUAUGUGAAUAGUUGUAUAUGGUAAAAAAGAGUCGGCAUAUGCAGGAUCUAUUUAAAGGUAGACAUGCAAAAUUGGCCUCUUAUUGACUUCUCUUCUCUACUCUGUACCAGUGGACGAUAUUUUCAAGUCUCCUGCAAUUUUCUGUAUCAGUGGACGAUAUUUUCUGAUCUUUCAUAGAAGGUUGGGAGAGAAUUCUUCUCUUUUGAUCGAUAAUAGCUUGUUUCAUGAAAAUAGACAGACAUUCAACUAAGGCAAAUUGCAUUGAUCUCUCUUCUGAACCAAAUAUUUGAAGAGUACGAAAUGAGAAGGGUUCAACUAGCUUGCAGCAAAUCGUUAUUACCAAUAGCAUCUCUCAGCCUCUUUUCUUAAUCCUUGAAUACCCUAAGCAGAACUCCUAAGCUCUUAUUUUAAAGUGGACAUAACGAUUAUGUAAAACUCUUAGCUGUAGAAUCCUAUUCUGGAAAGAUCAGUCGCUGGAGAAACUGCUUGAUUCUCCAGCGAUUUUCAUGAAAUUUACUACUGAGUCCUGCUACAUUGAAUAUUGUGUGCUAAAUCCUUUUUUGGCCUUAAUCGUAUAAAAUAGUUUUGUUAAAAGCAGUAAAUGGCGCGUGUUUAUCAAUUAUCAGCUGUUUCUGUUGCAUAGAAUCUCCUGGAUCUUGUGUUUCUACAAUGACUGUAAAUCUUCUCAAGAAGAUCCUGUACGUUGCCCACCAAAAUAAAAUGAUGAAAGGCUCUUGUUUGUGUACUUAUUGCCGUUUCCUUUGAGCUAUCACUCCACAAUCAUUAUAAUGGACAAUCUUGACAGUGGUGUGUUUGCUAUUUCCACUGGACAAAGAACUGACUUUAUGAAAGAUAAUUUAAAACUUAUUAUGCCACUAUCCUCGACUAUGGAUGGAGCAGUACUCUCUCUCUCUCUCUCUCUCUCUCUCUCUCUCUCUCUCUGUGGCCAUUCCCUUCUCUCAUAUGCCAAAAUUUUCUGGAGCCUCAUACAUUUCAAUUUUAAUGAAGAGCAUAGCUAGGAUGAUGGGCAUAUUUUACUGAUAUUCAUGAGGCUAAACAGUUUCAUUUCCCUUAUGCCUCGAUUUAGUACAUUUGAUCUUUUCAAUCCGUUUGUGUGUCUUAUGUCUGUCCAGGGUUCAAUUUUUGCUUGUCCUAUUUUUUAUUGUUCUCUGGUAUUUUGGUCGUGUGACACGUGUGCAAAUAUGUAUGAUUUGAAUGACCUAAUUAUAUGAUAUUGUUCCUGAGCUUUUAUAUUCCUUUGGUUGAUGUCUCAGAUAUUAUUUACUUUUGUUUAAAAAAGGUCCUUUGAUGUGUAAGUUGAGUCACCUUUCUCUUGUUUGGCUUCCGAAUUGAAUGUUGUGGUAAUUGUCUAUCAUUUUCUCUUUCUUUUAGGUUAAUGGGGAGAUAUAUAACCAUGAAGAGCUGAGGGGUAAGCUUAAAUCUCAUAAGUUCAGCACUGGCAGUGACUGUGAAGUUAUUGCUCAUCUUGUAAGUGGUUGAAAUUAUGGAACCUUUUUUUGUUCAGUAUGCGGUGUGCAGUAAAAUUGUGGCAUCAGCUUCGAAUACGAUUAUCAGAUAUUUCAAUUGAAUGUGGUGUUGUUUAUAUUGUACUAAUGUUACACUGUUUUUCCCUUGAAAUGAAACAGUACGAAGAGUAUGGAGAAGAUUUUGUAGACAUGCUGGAUGGGAUGUUCUCCUUUGUUCUACUUGAUACCCGUGAUAAAAGUUUCAUUGUUGCUCGUGAUGCUAUUGGCAUCACCCCGUUAUACAUGGGCUGGGGUUUAGAUGGUAUGUUAAAAUGGUUUGAUGUUUAUGGCAAUGUUUUUCCUGUCGAGUUAAAUUAUUUGAAGAAUGUUCCUUGAUUAUCUCCCUCUUUUACUGAGACUCCUGCUUAGAACUAACUCUUCGGUAACCAUGAAAUUAUAUCCCUCUAGAAUCUAGCAACCACCUUCAGGCCUUUAAAUGAUGUCUAUACGCUGUCUACGAAGUUAGGUCCAUAACAUUUAUUAUAUGUAAGCUUGGGACAAUGUUUUUUUUUCUUAAAUUGCUCAACUUGUUUAGUUUUUUUUCUUUACCUCAUGGGAAUGUUUUUCCCUAUACAGGUUCAAUUUGGUUUGCAUCAGAAAUGAAAGCUUUGAGUGAUGAUUGUGAACGAUUUGUGUCUUUUCUUCCUGGACACUUAUAUUCCAGCAAAAAUGGUAAACCAUCAAACAAACGUUGAAUACUUCUGUUCCCUUGAAGAAAGUUUCUGCUUCCCAACUAAACGCAAUGCCUGUAUGGUAUCUUUUCUUGGGAGACACAAGUACAUGCUUAAUGGUUAUCGUCACUUCAUGUGGCUUUUAUCGAUGUUAAAAGUUUAUCCCAAAAACUUCAGGUGGUCUCCGGAGGUGGUAUAACCCACCAUGGUAUUCAGAACGCAUACCCUCAACCCCUUACGAUCCACUGGUUCUACGGGAGGCCUUUGAAAAGGUUCAUUGCAUUCUCACCCGAUCUGAAAAGUUGUAUAUAUUUUCAGUUCAUAGUUGCCGCCAGGAACAUAUACUGGACUGUGCAAUCUUUUGGAUUUCAUCCUUUAAUUUUUUUCCAAAAAUAGCCUAGUUUGAAAGUCUGCUAUCCAGAAUGUCAACUGAGUUAGCUAUGAUUCACCGGGACAUCUGUGCAUGGUUGUUGAUUGUAUUCCUGUCAGACAAGGCAAAAUCCCAUAGUUGUGUACAGAAGAAGAUGACCCAUAAGCAUUAUUUUUUACUUUCUGUCAGUUAAUGAAUAGAUGAAAGUUUUGGCUUCUUGUAUCGUAUAAAUGAUCGCGAAGUAUAUAAGCUGUCAACAUGGUUCCCCAUAGUCUAGCUCUCAGUUGUCAGCAUUUUUUUCAUUUUUUUAUUUUUUAUUUUUUUGGUUUUGUAGAACUGCUUAUGCGAUUCAUAGUGUCCUACUAUUUCACUGCCAGUUCUAUCUUUGUUUUAGUUAAAGUACCUAAGCUUUCGCACUUUUUUUUGUCACAUAAUCUUUACCAGUUAAUAUAUUGCCAAAACCUUUCCAGGCUGUGGUUAAGCGACUUAUGACGGAUGUGCCAUUCGGUGUACUAUUGUCUGGUGGUCUUGAUUCGUCACUUGUUGCUGCUGUUGCAUCACGGCACUUGGCGGGCACAAAAGCUGCUAGGCAGUGGGGCUCUCAGUUGCAUACCUUCUGUAUUGGCCUAAAGGUAUGUUUUUAUUAAAUUCAACUCGCAACUAAACCCAUCAUAUAAUUAUGAAUUUUUUCUUUCUGCAUGAAUGAUAUGAGAAAGGCACCAUGUGAUUUUCUUGAUUUGUAUGAUAGCAUAUUUGAUCCAGUGAACAGGUUCCCUUUGGUAAGAUAUAGGGUAAUCUGCCGAGGGAUUAUCCAUGUUUCUAAAGAAGAUCGACCUUAUUACAGUUUGUUAAUGUGCCAGAUCACAUAUCGACUCAAGUUGUUUUGUGAAGAUGCUCUAUUUUAUCUCGUUCCCACUAUGCUUGCUUCCCUGUCUUCCUAAUAAGUGCUUCGUGCUUUUUUUUCUUUUCUUUCCAAAGUAAAUGAAGGAUUUGGAAAAAAAUCUCCACGAAUUUUUUUCUUGCACUGGUUCCUUCUCCUUGAUCAAUACAAAAUUUGGAGAAUUUCAGGAAAUGGAAAAUAUUAUAUAGAUCUAGUGUCAACCUCCAUAGUUAAUAAAGAAAAUUAUUCUGGUAAAAUCAGUUGAUGCCAAGGGACGUUGUAUCGUUCCAAACGUAGGAAACAGUAACGUUAGCUGAGAAGCAUGCCAGUAUUACUUAGAAUUCCUAAGAUGUUUGAUAUGUGGCAUUUUCUUAUGGAUUUAAUUUGCUGCUAUUAAUGUUUAAUUGUUUUUGUUGUAGAGAAACAGUGCUCCCAAGUUCUGAGAUUUUUUUUUUUUCACAGCCUUUAUUUUUCUGUUCUGCUUUGUGUGUAGGGUUCUCCUGAUCUAAGAGCUGCUAGAGAGGUUGCUGAUUAUCUUGGAACCCUUCAUCACGAGUUUCACUUCACAGUACAAGUAAAAUUCAUUACUAUCUUAAUUUGAAUGUCAUGUUUGUUGCCGGCUGAGUGUCUUUGUGGGCAAGACCUGGUCCUGUUUUGAAAUCUUCCCUUGUACUCUUUCUAAAGGCAACAGCUGCCAUGAACUAUGUCCUAUCCUAGUUUAAUAUACCGUCAAACAGUUUUAACGUUUCCCUCAUGCAAUCAAUCUUGUUGGCAGUACCCUGUGCUAUGGGUAACUGAAGUCUUCUGAUGAUCAAAGGGAGUUUUUCUUCUCUACAGAGUAAAGUUUCCCCAAACAUGAUCUGAUUAUGUCAAUUAAUCAUCUAUUUCAGGAAGGCAUUGAUGCACUUGAGGAAGUAAUUUAUCAUAUCGAAACAUAUGACGUCACAACUAUCCGAGCCAGCACUCCCAUGUUUUUGAUGUCGAGGAAAAUUAAGUCAUUGGGUGUGAAGAUGGUUCUUUCAGGUGAAGGCUCUGACGAGAUUUUCGGAGGAUACUUGUAUUUCCACAAAGCGCCAAACAAGGAGGAGUUUCAUGAGGAAACGUGUAGGAAGGUAUUGUCAUUAUCACAUGUCUUCUUCCUGAUACAUACACAAUGGCUACCACAGCGUAUGACCUUUUUCUUGUCUAGAGCUAGUUCGUCUCUUGCAUUGUUCUUUGUGUAUAAAAACAUGCCAUCAUCAAUGUUUUGUACUAAAAGUGAUCUACAUGGGAUGAAAAAAUGCAUUGUUCUUAAUGAAGCUUUAAAUAGUCUGCUAACAAGAACAUGUCAUUUUCUGUCGUCUUGUUUCCUGAAAUUGUACUGUGUACACAUAAUACUAGUUAUCCUAUAUUGUUUAUCUUUGUCCUCUGUUACUCCUAUUUCAAUUGUCCGUCAGAAAGCUUACUGAAGUUUAUCUCUUCUAUUGUAUUAUAAUUAUAUAAGUUAUCCGAUCCUCAAUCUGUGAGGUUUUUCUAAAUUUUACGUGAGCAUGUUCAGAAGGAAAUUUCCUUUUUCUUCUCUACGAUUAAAUAGAAUCAUAUCAUUUGAAGUUCAGGGCAAGCGUGGGCGAAAAUAUUGGACCUAGCUAUAUAGAUUGAUCUGUUCGAAGAAAUAAUUACUGAAUGUUAGCUAGACAGCAAAAGUAUUGUGUUCUAUGUCUGUAUGUCUGUAACAAGUCGUCUGUCAAGUAACUUGUGGUAUUAUUCUGUUGUCAUAAGAUUUACUUUAUACAUUUUAUUUAUGCUUAAAUCUCAAUGGAGAACUUUUUUUUUUUAACUCAGCUGGGACAAUGAUGGGACGUACUUCUUACAUAGUGCUUUUCUUUGGCUAAACAUGACUUGUUUCAAGAUUUCAAAGAGACAUUAACUAGUGAUUUGUAUGUAGCUCUUGACAAAGAAUACUAUGAUUCUUUGUACGUUUGCUAACUAAAUUCACGGGUUAAUGAUUUUUUUUUAAUAGAUUAAAGCUCUUCAUUUGUAUGAUUGCUUGAGGGCUAACAAGUCAACCUCAGCGUGGGGUCUUGAGGCUCGUGUUCCAUUUUUGGAUAAAAGUUUUAUCAAUAUUGCAAUGGAGAUCGAUCCAGACUGGAAAAUGGUAAGCAUGACCCCCUCACCCCUCCCACUUUGCUUUCAAGAAGAAUCUAACUAUUUUUCUUCUAUGUCAUAAAAGGGUUUACUUCGUUGUUGAUUCAAGAAAUUCAUGUCGAGGAAAAUUAUGAAUAAUAAUCAUUAUAUUGGGCAGAUAUUGGUAGCUCAGGAAAACGGAUUAGCUUCGUUGGGUUGCCACAGCGUGUACUAGAACCCUGAUCCAGAGUGGAAAUCUAGGAUGCCUACUUUCGUCAGUGAGCUUUAGGCAGAGUCUCUGGAACCUAGCCAUCUCAGUUACAUGUGAUAUUCAAGCAUGAAGCUACCAAUCAUUGACACCAUGAGCCUGUCGUCAGCGUAUCACCUUCUUUAAGAAUAGUGCACGUAGAUGCGCGAGUUGUAGUAUGGAAAGGCCCUGCUUUUUGCAAGGCUUUGUAUGCUGAGUGCUCCCAGCUGUUAUCUGGAAGACAUUAGGAUUGAGUGUAUGAUUGUCCAAGUCAAUUAAUAUGUAUUGUUCCUUGGGUCAUGGAGUUCUUUGUCCUUGGGUUAUAUGGACACCUAAAUUCAGUUCCUCCCUUAAACUUGCUUGAUUAGUUUUGAAUCCUAAUCAGUGAAAGCAUUGAAAAUAAUCUUCGUAUGAAUUGAUUUCACUGAAUAUUUCUUUCUACUGUUUAAUGAUUUCAGAUAAGGCCCGACCUUGGUCGGAUUGAGAAAUGGGUCCUGCGCAAUGCAUUUGAUGAUGAACAGAACCCUUUUCUGCCAAAGGUUUGAUGCCAAUCCUGUAUUAUUUGCUACAUCAAGAAUUAUAUAGAUGUCCAUGCUCUUCGAUACAUGUUGACAUGAUUUUUUUUAAUCUGCUUGUUCCAGCAUAUCUUGUACAGGCAGAAAGAACAAUUCAGUGAUGGUGUUGGGUAUAGCUGGAUUGAUGGUUUGAAAGAUCAUGCAAAUGAGCAUGUAUUUUCUCAUCCCCUUGAAGCUGACUAAGAAUCAAUUAAAUAUCUAACUUCUUCUUUUUAUUUCAAUUUUUGGAGGAUAAGUUAAUGAUAAAUAGACGAAUUAUUAGCGAUCUUGCUAUUAUUCGCUCAUUCACUGUGAGCCAUCAUAUUUUUAAAAAGCACCGGUUUCAUGUCUUCCAGGUUUCAGAUGCAAUGCUGAUGAACGCUAGCUUUGUUUACCCUGAGAACACCCCCACGACGAAGGAGGCUUACUACUACAGGACAAUCUUUGAGAAAUUCUUUCCCAAGGUAUGGCAGUCUGACAUCACCGCCUUCCCCCCCCCCCAUCCACCCAAAAUAUAGACUAAUUUCUUCCUUGUAAAUUCCUUGUAAACUUGUCUCAUCUAGAAAACCAUCUCAGUUAUUUUCCCUUUCUAGAAAACCUGGCAUCUCUCUCUCUCUCUCGCUAUGAGCACCCUAUAAAACUCUACCUGGUUUCUGAUCAUCGCAAGUCAAACCCGAAUUGUAAGAUGUUACAGUGCUGGCCAUGUAGUCAUCAAUUCACAUAUUCUCUCUCCUGAGCAGAAUGCUGCGAGGUUGACAGUCCCAGGGGGCCCAAGCGUGGCAUGCAGCACAGCGAAAGCAGUGGAGUGGGACGCCUCCUGGUCCAAGAACCUCGACCCUUCAGGCCGCGCCGCCCUCGGGGUCCACGAGGCCGCAUACGAGGGCCCCGCGGGUCCCACCCCGGCCCCUGAGGACUCCUCCAGCCCGAUAAACGGUCUCCCCCAAAUUCAGCCAGGACUGGUCGCCGGGACGACUGUGAGUUGA